UCGUCGCAGCGAGAGGCAAAGGUGGUAGAUGUGAUGUGAGCCACCCCCUCGCCAACUUCUCCUACCAAAUUCUUUUCCUCCCCCUCGUCUCCUGAGACGCCGCUAGCGCCUUCGUCUCGGCCACGCGCGCUUUCUCCUGCCACCGCCGCCGCCGCCGGCCGGCUGAAACCUCCGGUGGAAGCUCAAGUAUGGUUAGCUUGAGGAGGCGUCGACUUUUGUGCCUUUGUUCUGGCAAAGAUGCAUUGCCAGUUGAUCUUCUUAAGCCUGUCGAUAAUGAAAAACAUGAGGAAGUUGCACACCCAAAUAUGAACCUUUUCAGUGUUCACCCAUUGCCCUUGACAAGGAUUUCUGAUGUGCUCCCAGAAUCCUCAAAUGGUUCUGACUCUUUGAAGGAAGAGAAAAGCCAAUACUGUCCUGGUUUCUUAUGUUGCAAGGAGAUUAAGUGCAGAAAUCAACAUAGAAGAAAGCAAUAUGUGGACCAAGAGCCAUGCGUAAGGAGAGGGGUCUAUUUCAAAAACAUGAAAUGGCAAGCUGCUAUAAAAGUUGACAAGAAACAAAUUCACUUGGGCACUGUCGGAACACAGGAUGAAGCAGCCCGGCUAUAUGAUAGGGCAGCUUUUAUUUGUGGAAGGGAGCCAAAUUUUGAACUUUCGGAGGAAGAGAAAAAAGAACUGGGCACGUACACAUGGGAAGACUUCUUGGCAAUAACGCGCAACACCAUAACCAACAAAAAACAAAGAAAGGUUGGGUCGCUAAGGCGUAACAAGGCGGACUUGUUCGUAGGAGAUACUGAUAUGGUCAAUGGUGGUGGGUCUUCGCACUCCCGUGAUGGAGAUGUUGAGACAUCGACUUCUUAGAUAGCCGCCAGGUUAUGGACACCCAAAUGGAGCGUCCAUCAGAUUCAUUUCGAUAUAAUUUACAUUUAGAUAUUCUUCCCUCUGAAUAGUUAAAUCCAUGUGCAUAAGGCCCUGUGGCCUGAUAAAGGUAAAAGGUUAGAUAAUAUUGUCAUCCCUGGAGAUGGUCAAUUAUAGAAGGAAAUUUCGCUGAGCAAUGUGUACCAAUUUCAUAAAUGUGUAUAUCUUGUCGAUAGGCUUACCUCAAAUUUACUCAACAUGUAACUAGUUUACCUUAUGAAUUACCCCUAAAGAAUAGUUCCCAUUUCUGACACCUUAUGUGUUUUACUGAGGUGCUAGAAACGUGUAUAUCUUGUCGAUAGGGUUACCUCAAAUUUACUCAGCAUGUAACUAGUUCACCUUAUGAGUUAUCCUUAAAGAACAGUUGCCAUUUC